AUGAAGGCGUUGUGCUUCGUUUUUAUAAUCAGCUUUGCUGUGGUGGACAUAUUAGCGAUAUCGACGGUUGCAAACGCUACUUCUACAAAGAAGUUACGGAACGUUACUUCAUCGAAAACAGCGGAUAGAACGAUAGCGACGGUAAAUAAUACUCCAAUGUUAAACAUAAAUACCACCGAAACAAGAGAGGGCAAAAUAAUUCAAAUAGAUAUAAUGACAAACAAUUCUGAAAUCACUCGGCCAGCCGAUUCUGUUCAAGGAACAAAGUUAAACGAGACAAAUGUUACCAAAGUUGACGGAGCCAAUUUUAAAAAAGUUGAUAAAAAAAACGAAUCAGCAAAGGAAUCACAAGUUCAGAAAAUACACGAAAGAGAGAGAAAAACACUGAAGAAUUUAUUUGAUAAGAUUCUAGCAAACGAACAUAUACAUUUGACAGGAUAUCGUUACGACAACCGGGGAAAAGGGACAGAAUUGAGGGAAUAUUUCUUGGUGAUAAAAAAGAAAUAUGUUCCUCACAAUAGCGAUCACAUGUCCGUAAACAAUCUCAUUCCUAAUGGCGAAAUGGAAAAACUAAACAAGAUGAAUCCGUUUAGUGGGCGUGUU